ACAACAAAGGUUCUCAAACCCCUAUGAUUAAAAAAAAUAAAAAUCUCUCUCUCUCUCUCUCUCUUUCAAUGAGAAUUUUGAGAGCUUCCUCUACUUAAUCCAGAGAAGUUAGACCUCUCAAAGUUUCUUACAAAGACUUGUGUUUGGGAGUUUCAAGAGAAAAGCAAAAGAGAAAGAGGGAGAAAGUGAAAGAAAGCAAGGGAAAAUUGUGUGUUUGUUGAGGAGGAGAAAGAGAGAACGAUGAAUCAAGGUGUGUUGCAGAGCUCACCGGUGCAACAAAUGGUGGCCGGAGGGCCUAACUGGUGGAAUAUGAAUAGCAUGAGGCCACCAUCUCAACAAUCUUCACCUUUCUUGCCUCCUGUUCCAAAUCUAUUCCCUCACUUCACACCACCACCCAUAUCUUCUUGGCAUGACAACCAGGACCUUCCAGAGUCAUGGAGUCAACUACUCUUGGGAGGAUUGGUGGGUGAAGAAGAAAAGUCUGGUCUGAGUCUGACCCACAUUCAAGCUAAGAAGUUGGAGAAUUGGGAAGAACAACUAUUGCAACAAGCUCCAAAUGCUCCAUCUGUGGAAAUAAAGCAAGAAAACUCACCAUGCAGCUAUGUCUAUGGACAUGGAAAUGCUAAUGUGGACUACCAAACAACAGCAAAACCUACUUGGUCUCAAAUGAUGAUUGCUUCAUAUCCAAAGUCUUGUGUUACAACACAUUUAAGCGACAUCAACAUGUUGGAUUUUUCUAACAAGAAGUCUGAUGGGAGGCAUCCACCACCGGAUCGUUCCUCUGAGGGCAACAGCACUGCCACUGGUGGUAUGGUACUAAAGAAAGCUAGGGUUCAUCAACCUUGUUCAACCCAAUCAACCUUCAAGGUGAGGAAGGAGAAAUUAGGAGACAGAAUAACAUCCCUCCACCAGCUAGUUUCCCCAUUUGGGAAGACUGACACUGCUUCUGUGUUGUUAGAAGCUAUUGGGUACAUUAGAUUCCUUCAGAGUCAAAUUGAGGUGAUAAUAUAUGUUUCUUCCUCUUCUUUUUAUUUUUUUGCUAACUACCAUGAACCAGUUCAAGGGGAGAGGAAUUGUUUAUUUCCUGAAGACCCUGGUCAGUUGUUGAAUGACAACUGCAUGAAGAGAAAAGGAGCUUCCGAGCAGGAUUGUGAGGAACCAAAGGACUUGAGGAGUAGAGGGUUGUGCCUAGUUCCAAUAUCAUGCACACUGCAAGUUGGGAGUGACAAUGGGGCAGAUUAUUGGGCUCCAGCGGCGGCUCCGCCAGCUUUCGGUGGCGGUUUCCGGUAGAUGGAAAUUUUUGUCACAGCACACUAUA